AUGGCGGAUCCAGAGUUGGGGGUGGACGUGUCAAACGGAGUUGACCUUCGAAAUGCCGAUUCGAAAGACCAAGUAUAUCUCGAAGAAACGUUUUAUAUACUUUCGAAAAAGAAUUCGGUGUUUCGAGUCAGAUUAACAUCGAAAGGCUUAUCUUUAACAAAAGAAACGGACGGAAAGGCAAAGGAACAAACAAUCGUAUUGCGCGAUAUCAUCGGUAGCAAGUGCAUGCGAAGCAAAAAACGUCGUCCAGGAGCUGGCUCCUGUGUAUGCAGCUCACUUGUGGGCCAGCCCCAGCUCAAAGUUGUGGAAGAAAACAGCGGGGACUUGGACGAGAACGAUAUAAGUGCGUACCUAUACAUUUAUGCUUAUAUUUUGAAACGGAGUCGACGCACCUUGAAAAGAGAGCGGACAACAAUAACAUUGCGGUUCAGGUCCUUCGAUAAAUAUGAGGAUAACAACAAGGAGGCUCAAAAGUGGCGGGCGACGAUAAAGUGUUUGAUAACGGGCCAACCGAUAACGCACAUGCCGCCUUCAAACGAUAAGAGGCUGUUGUUACUAUUGAACCCUAAAUCGGGGCCGGGAAAAGCGAGGGAAAUGUUUCAGUCAAAGGUCUCGUCUAUGCUGCAGGAGGGUGAGGUUCCUUACGACCUUCAUGUAACGAAGUACGCUGAAUUUGCGCGGGAAUUUGUCCGGACGAGGAAUAUUUACAAUUGGCGUGCAAUAGUUGCUAUUGGAGGCGAUGGAGUCCUUUUCGAGGUAGUCAAUGGCAUGUUUGAGAGGCUGGAUUGGCAGCAGGCUUUUCAGGAGAUCCCUCUUGCCAUAUUACCCUGUGGCUCUGGUAAUGGCCUAGCCAGAUCGAUUUGCCAUCAUUACAAUGAACCAUAUAUCCCACAAAACCUGACUGGAUUAACCAUGGCACUAUGUAGGGGGAAAUCGACACCAAUUGAUGUCGUCAGAAUAGAGACUAAAUCUAAGAUUAUGUUUUCGUUUUUAUCAGUCGGUUGGGGUCUACUAUCGGACAUUGAUAUUGAGAGCGAGAGGUUACGAGCCAUUGGUGGACAGAGAUUCGCCCUUUGGGCGGUGGCAAGGUUAGUCGGCCUACGGAAAUACAAAGGUGUAGUGAGUUACGUGAAAAUUAAGGAUGUGAGCAAUCUUCCCAAGCCAAAACAAGCGUACACUCUGAGCCACAGCGUAAGCCAUGACGGCGCACUCGACUCCCCCGAUGCGGAAGCGUUUAUUGACUGUGACGAUCCUUCGGAAAUAUUUACUAGUGCAGCGAACAGUAAACAUCAUCAGAGGGUCGAUUCGUGGUACUCAGUUAAUUCGCGACGAAGCGCAUUUUACAGUACACGAGGGUCCGAGUACCACAGCGUAACUAGCGCUGGCUCCGAGAUGCGGUCCCCGGUUCACGCGUGCAUGCAUGGUCCGGCUCCGCAUUUACCCUCACUCAUGUCACAGUUACCCUCGCAUUGGGAACACGAAGAAGGAGAGUUUGUUAUGGUCCAUAUUGCAUAUCAGGCUUACAUUGGAGAGGACUUUUUGUUCGCCCCUAGAUCACAGCUCUCAGACGGUAUCAUUUGGAUGCUUAUAAUCAAAGCGGGAAUAUCGAGAUCUCAAUUGUUUUCCUUUUUUUUGGGCAUCAGUGAAGGGUUGCACGCUGAAGCCAAUAACGAAUAUGUGAAAAUGAUCCCCGUGAGUGCAUUUAGAAUAGUCCCAGAAGGUUCUAAUGGGCACAUUACAGUGGAUGGUGAACAGGUAGAAUACGGGCCUAUUCAAGGGGAAAUAUUCCCUAACCUAGUUAAUGUUUUAGUGCCCGAUACGAAAUAACAUUGUGUCUUAAUUUAAGAAAGGAUUAGUUUGUUUUCCAACGACUGAUUAAGUUACCUGAUACUUAACUGAGCCGACAGAAGUGCAAUAACGAAAUAUGUGUUGGUUGUGCCAGAAAGGAGAGAUUAGCCAAAAUUUACAUGAAAAUAGAAACGGAAGUUAUUAAUCAUUCCAUUCCAAGAAUAUUGUGAUUUAGUUUUAUAUAUUUUAAUCUGGUUUUUUUUAUAUAAUGGUUUUAUUUACGUAUUGUUUAAAAUGUGUGAUAAAUGCAAAUAAUAAAGAUAGCUUUUACUUGCUAAAAUUUAUGUAUGUUUAGUAGUUACUAGUCAAAACUUUCAGACAUCUGAAAAGCAAGUGCCAAAAUUUGAUUGCUGCACUCUAAAUUUGAUUAAACAUACCUCUGCUAUUGCGUCAAGGAAUUGAAUAAUAUUACGAUAAUAUUGCUCAAAAGAUCGUUUGUACAGUAAUAAAUGAUUGGUGGUUGAUUCUAAAAGUCCUUCAACUGUAAUUUUCGGUUUUGGUAAUUUGAUUAUUUCUUUCACUUGUCCUGACGUUUCUUCCUUGAAUUCUUCGGCUCUACAGUAACGCACCUUUGGUCUGUUUUUAAUAGUUUUGAUCGAAUAUCAAAUACAAAUACUUAUCUAUUUAACAUCCUAAACAAAAGACUUGUUGUCCCAACACGAAACUACCACUAGAAAAAUGAAAAAAAUGUUAUAUUCUUAUGGUUUGUAAUGGUAUGUUAUGUGAAAUAUUGCAGUUAAUUUGCUAUGUUUACGCAACGUUAGCUCGCGUUCCUCAUGUGGCUAUUAUUUAUUAUGUAUAAAUGGAACAUUCACUUGCCUAAUGCAAUUUUUACUAGUAAUUUUUAUGCUUAGUAUUUUGGUGUGAGACUGCAAUAAACAUGUAAUAAUUUAAGUGGGUAUUGGGGCUAUCCAUGGAAUUACAUAGUACUACUUAAUAAGUAAUGUAGUUUACAGUAUUAAGGUAAUGUUAACUAUUAAUUUAAAUCUUUCUGUGAUAAUAUUAAAUUCUGCCAUAUUGUUUUAUGCAAGUCCAAAAUGUUGAAUAAAAGUAAUAUAUUAAAACCCCUAUAAGUACAGCAUAAACUUGUACAAAAUAUCAAUUUAUAUCAUAUUAUAUUUGAAAUUAUACCUACAUUCUAUGUAUGAUAAAAUUAAAAUCCAAUUUUAGUGCUAUUAAGUAUAACAAUAUAAGUUUUGAAUACGUUUUAAUCCUCUUUUGUAAUUCUUCUACUUUACACACACAAUUUAUUACGAUAUUGGAAGCAAAGUUAGCAUGUUCUUUGCACAACAUUGUAGUUGGUUUGCUCUAUCAAACCAUGAAUAGAUGAGUUUUGCAUUCCUGGUUGUAAUGCCAAUUCGGCUGUUUUAAACAUAUAGUUAGAAUAAAAAAAUAAUGUCUAAAUACAUUUUAAAUCUAAAUUAAUUUGUAAUAAAAAGUUAUUCAAGUGU